AUGUAUUCAGGCCAAUUCGACGGAGCCGCCACCUUCUCCGGCGGGAUUCUGCCCUCUCAGGCCACUGCUGCCCCGAUCACUCCUUCUCCUUUCCAAAGAACGUUGCUUCCUUUGACUGUGAAGCAGCUAAAUGAAAUAUCAAGUAAUGAUGAAUCGACUACUACAAUUGAUGGGGUUGACGUCAGCACUGUUACAAUUGUUGGGAAGGUAUGUGAUAUACAAGAUAAGGAACCCCAGUUUACCUUCCUUAUUGACGAUGGCACAGGGCAGAUUGAAUGCAGUAGAUGGGCUCAUGAACGCUUGGAGUUCAACGAAGUAAACCAAAUCUCGCAAGGAAUGUAUGUCCGUGUUUAUGGACACUUGAGAUCCUUUCAGAAUAAGAGGACCUUAAAUGCCUAUUCCAUGAGGCCUGUGAGUGACUACAAUGAGAUUACAAGCCACUUCAUCGAGUGUAUAUAUGUUCAUAUCUACAACACCAAUCUACGGGCAGGUAUUAUGUCUCAGCCCCAGAUGACAAAUGCUACUGUUAUUAAUACCCCUUUAAAGGAAUAUCAAACUGUUCCCUCUAAUCAGUUCUCUGGCCAGUAUAGCUCUGAUGGAGGCAAGAGCAUUGAUCAGAUUGUCUUGAAUUUUUUGCAGAGACCUGAGUGCCUCGCAAUUAACAAUGGGGUACAUCGCAACGAUAUUGCUAAACAACUUAAUCUUCCAAUGGAUAAGCUCAUGGAAGUUUUAGAAUACCUUAGCGAAAAUAGUUUAGUUUACUCAAUUGAUGAGGUUCACUACAAGUCAGCUGUCAAUGCAUGACGUCUACAUGUGCAAAUAAUGCCAAUCAAGAUGGUUUAAGCUUGAACUAUGCCAUGCUGCAUCUCAUCACCAUUGCUGAGCAAGUUUUUUGCAAUUUUUUUUGGGUGGUAUGAUGUCGUGCUUGAAAUAUAGCUAUAAGAUGUGGCCUGGUGUAUUUCUAUAAGUCAAAUAGCGUUGUUUUAAUAAACAGCAUUGCGACAUGAUUUCUGCAUAAUAUGUGAUCAUCUGUCACUCCACGUAAUAUCCAGAAGGAUUUGUUGACGUUGUGUACAGAAUGCUUUAUGUUUUUGGAUGGAAACAAUGUCAGCAGAAUUUGACAUUCUGAUUUGUACAA